AUGUCCUCCGUCGCCACCUCCGCAGCCGCACCCAGCGCAACCUCCUGCACCCAGCAGAGCUUCUCCGACUACCCGACACAAGACGUCUUCUGCGCCUUCGACGGCCGCUCCGGGAUUCCAGACAAGUACGAAGACCACUUCAAGACCUGCUGCAAGGACGCUCCCGUGCAGAAAUGGGCGAACGACUGCUCGUUGUACUGUCUCUCCGCCGGCCAGCCCGUGUCCAGCCUCAUCUCCUGCCUCCAGGAGCAGGGCGUCACGCCGGGACUCAUCUUCUGCAAUGGAAAUAACACUAUGACUGCUACGGCGACGGACCUGAGCCCUACGAAGCCUACGGGGACCGCGGGCUCUGGGUCGGGUACGAGUGGCCCGCGCCAGUCGACGGGCGCUGCGGUCCCGGCCGUCGUGCCGCAGGGUGUGUCGAAGGCUGGUCUGGGGAUGUUGGCCAUGAUCGCUAUCUCUGCCUUCGCUGGUGCGAUGUUGUAG